GGUUGCAAAAAUCACAUUAACGCUUGGAAGCUUAAAUCCCCAUUAAACCCUCACUUCCAAAAAUUCGACCCUUCUUUCUGAAAUUGAGAGUCAAAACCAAAGCAAAAAUGGCUUUGGCAAAUCCCCUUCUUCGCUGCCCCAAUCCCAAGCUCCAUUUUUGCCGAAGAAAUCUCCCUCCAAAUCCCUCUCUUUCCACUUUCCCACCCACUUUCCUCAGUUACAUCUUUUCUCGGAAAAUUUUCUCCGCUCCUUUCAUAAAUCAGAUAUCUAUCAAAACAGGAAAUUUAUCCAACCUUAUUUGUUGUGUAAUUGAUUGUGAUUUUUCAAAGUAUAUGAAUUCAAUAUCACUGUUAAAAAUCACCAGAUUUCCGAGGACAUUGCGGGGGAAUGGCAGAGUAAUUUGUGCUGCCGCUUCUGCAGCUGGAAGUUCCAGUCCAGGCAGUGACUCGAAUCCAUACGAGGUUCUUGGUGUUAGUCCAAUUGAGGGGUUUGACUCUAUAAAGGUGAAAUACGCGAGAAAGCGCAAGGAGGCCGAAAGGGCAGGUGAUGAAGCUACUGCUGCCAGACUAGAAAAGGCAUAUGACAAGAUCAUGAUGGCCCAAUUGCAAAAUCGGAAGAAAGGCGUGACCUUUGGUUCAUUCAAGGUCUCGAAGGACGUUAAGUACGCGGAUAAGCAGCCGAUUGUACCGUGGGGGCCAAGAUUCACCAAAUCUUCUGUACAAGAUAUGCGCAUCAACCUGGCAAUAGCUGCCGCUUUUACUGUCUGGAUUCUUUUCAAGCAGAAUGCUGAUUAUAAACCUUUGCAGUUUCUAUCUUUUGCAUUUGUGUAUCGGUUAUUUGAGAAGCUGAAAUCUUUUGAACCUCCUGUAACACCAACAUAUACUGAAGAUGGCGAGGAUUCAGGUAGGGGUCUGAGAAUGGGGAAACGGCUGCUUCGUGCUCUCUCUCUUGUUUUUGGCUGUAUUGCUGCUGCUUCUCUGGCAUACACUGGUAUUUUGAAUUUGAUUGAGUUGAUGGGUGGCUUUAUACCUGCUUUUCUUUACAAUAACCAGGAACUGUUGAUCACUGUAUCAGCUUCCAUCAUGUUGUACAUUUUGGCCUCAUAUUAUAGAUGAUGAAUCCGUUCAAGAAACUGAUGAAUCCAAGGCUAAUUGUUAUAAUGAGUGUACUGAAUUCAUUCUCCGUUAAUUUUGGCUGCGAAAUUUUGUCAAUUGAUAUGUUACUUGUUUUUGUGAUGUAAAAAGUAUUUGUAAAUACCGUUUUAUCCGUAUUGGUUGAUGUGUUUAGUUAAUUAGUCUCAGAGUUGCUUGGUGCUGAGAUAAAGGAUAUCAUGUCGUAGAUUCUGUCUUUGGCCAUUGUGGAUGAGUUAAAUUUUUUCUUUGAAAAGGAGAUCCAGUCUUAUGAUUCUGCCUUGACUUUUGUAUGGUAUUUUUUUUUUUAUAAGUUCUUUCU